AUGUCCACUGUAAAUGUUUGGGUCGUCUCGGCGGAUACCCGGUCAGAGCGCCGCAUCGAUCCACACAUUUCGGUCGAGCAGCUGAAGAAUAAGCUGGAGUUGAUCACUGGUGUUCCAGUCGCCAACCAAGCAAUUUCAAUUCUCAGCUCUCUCGAGGAUCGUUCCGUGGUGGCAACCCUGGAUGAUAACUUGCGUCCAGUGGGGUAUUAUGGCCUACGCGAUUGGCAUGUACUCAAGGUUGACGACACAAACCCAUCGACUUCGUGGACUGGACAGUUGACAGACGUGACCCAAACAGAUAAAUUCGAGUUGAGUCAAGAGGAAUAUGCGAACAGGACAGAUACGGUGCUGGCAUAUAAACAGAAGAACAAGGUCGGGCGAUUCGCACCAAAAAGCGAGACCGAAGAAGUUGCUACCGCUCAAGUCGAUAUCCCAAUUGGCUCACGAUGCGAAGUUGAAUCCACCGAACCUGGGUUGAGUAAACGCGGCAGAGUACAGUUUGUGGGUCCGACCAAGUUUGGAACCGGUGGAGGGGUCUGGGUUGGCGUGGAAUAUGACGAACCUAUGGGCAAAAACGAUGGCUCUGUAAACGGUGAACGAUACUUCACUUGCCGACCGAACUUUGGUGCAUUUGUGCGACCAAACAAAAUCAAAGUUGGGGACUAUCCUGUAGAGGAGUUAGAUUUGGACGAGGAGGAGAUAUAA